CUACAACACAGAGAUCCAGCCAUGACUCCUACAGUCACUUCAGCAAUAACCUACUCUGAGGAACACCUGACUCUCACUAACAAGCUAAGAAAGCCACAGGUGGAGAAGUUACGUAAAGAUCGUAUCAACAGCAGCAUUGAGCAGAUCAAGUCUCUCCUGGGUCCAGAACUCUUCAACCAGCAGCCUGACUCCAAGCUGGAGAAAGCUGACAUCCUGGAGAUGACAGUUUCUUUAUUGAGCCGCCUGCAGCCAAUCAGCUCAUCUUCCUGCUCUGCACCUACCAAUCAGGGUCACUCCAGGUGUGUCCAAGAGAUGGUGCACUUCCUGUCCAAGGAGGAGAUGGAGACAGAUUCCCAGAGAAGACUGUUGAGCCACUUCCAGAGCCAGCAGUCAUCCUCUGAUAAGAACAGGAGGAAGACUGACCUGCCUCAGCUGAGCUCCCCAGCCCAGCACAGCAUCAGUAAAGAGAAGAGUCCAGUCAACAGCACCCCCUGGAGGCCCUGGUAGAGACCUACAGACUGCAGCUCUACUCCCAGACAUGACCAUGUUGGUCAGAGAUUAACAUUACCAAUAACACUAUUGACAAGUGAAGAUGAUGUUCUGUAUGAACAGAACGAUUGCUGAUUUUGAUAUUGAUCAUUACAAUCUGAAGCUUUUUUGGUUACCCAAACUGGGUAUUAUUCAUUGAAUCUCUCAGAUUUCCUCUGAUCUGUUCAAAGGUCAACCAAUCUCUUCAGGUUAAUCCUGAAUUUCACACUACAUUUUUGUAGUAUUAAUUUUGAUGUGCAUCUCUGUGAAGUUUGUAUCAGUUUGUUUCUAUGUAAACUUUCAGUAAGUGAUACAUUAUCACUGUUCCUUCAUGAGGAUUAUUUACCCAAAAUGGGUAUCACUAUUAUCAUCUUUCUGUGAUUAUUGUUAAACUAUCUGUUUCAAGAUUAAUAUAUUUACUCAAACUAUGAAUAACUUUGAAAUAUUUCUAUUGAGGAAUAUCAAGUUUUAAUUGUCAAACUUCUGUUCAUGUUGGACGGAUCUAAGUUUUUCAAAAGGAUAGUUCUUUAAUAUGUUUUCUCUACUCUGGUAGUUUAUGUUUAAAUAUGCAUUGUGAAAGGAGAACAUUAUUUUCUCUGUAAAUGUACUGUUUAAGCUAGACCGAUCAUUUGCCUUUUGUAAAGACAGACGUUAAAUAUCUAUCCUCUACUCUGUUAGAGUGCUUAUUAUGCAUAUGUUUUAUUUGUGUGAAGAAAGGAGAACGUUCUUUUCUCAGUAAACUAACUGUUUAUGUUAAAUAGUUCAAUGUGUUUUUUGUAAAGACAGAUGUUCAAUAUAUAUCCUCUACUCUGUUAGAGUACCUUGUGUCUUGGAAACGUGUCCAAGGUAUGUUGUGAUGUUUAAUCACUCAGUUUGCCUAAUGUUGAGGUAUCUAUGAUGA